AUGGGUACAGACAUGGGCGUGGGUAUGGGUAUGGGCAUAGACAGGGAUACAGCCGAGACGAGCGCUGGCCUCCCUGACCUAGUUAUGGGGAACGUCUUGCGAUAUUUUUUCUCUUCUACAGAUAAGCUUUUAGCCAAUGGAGUCGAAGUUGUGCUGGAGAGUGAGUCUGUGUAUCCCCGAGGACGUUCAUACAGCAUUCAGGAACUCCUCUUUGUCGACUAUGAGAGGGUCGAGGAACUUCUCGCUCAGCACGGAGACCUCGAGACCGCCCCGUUGUUAGGAAGUCCUUGGCCCACCUCCCAGUUCCUCUCACACCUCCUGGAGAGAGUCGAACAGGACCCCCGUACCACGUUCUUCGCCGAAUAUCUGAACUACACCAAUUUGGCUUACCUUCUUCCCGGCAGCGAUGACAACCUGGAUCCCCUCAAGUACACAGCCUUCGUGCCCAGCAACAAUGCGCUCGCUGGUAUGCUCUACGCCGAUGCCCCCGACCCCUUCCAGCUCGACGGGGUACUCAGGGACAACCUCAUCCUCAACCACCUGGUUCAAGGACGAUUUUACGAGGACGACCUCCAAGAUGGCCUCACUCUCUCCAACUUGGCCAACUACACGUUCACCGUCUCGAGGAACCCUGACGGAACCAUACAAAUCGACAACGCAACGGUAAUUGAGUCUCAAGUCUUCAUCUACAACCUUGGUAUCGUGUACCUUAUCGACGGCGUUAUUGGUAUCACUGACCAAGACGUUGUGAGAUCGAUCAACAAGUUCCCGGAUCUGAUCUUGGAGGAACCGACCGAGGAAAGCUCACCCAGCCCCGACGACCCAAUCGAGGAAUUCUUCGGCUUCACGACCGACUUGGCUUCGAGUCCGUCACCCAGAACGACCCCACGACCCUUCCGUACCCGCUUCACCCCUGCCCCUACCACCCCAAGCCCUACCACCCGUACCAAUAGGCCCACGACUACCACCACGACCACCACCACCACGGCCGCCACCACGACCCUGAGACCCACGCCGACGACUCCCAAAAUCCGUUUCGAAACGAGGACCGAGAUCAGUAUAUCUCGACGAAUCAACGACGGAGAGGUGGAACCGGUGCCUGUGGACGAAAGCUGAUGGCAUUCAUUAGUUCUCCUUCAGGGAAUAGACAUAUAUAUAUAAAUAUAUAUAUUUCUGGUACUGAUACCAUGUUAUUUGUAUAAAUUAAAUGUUGAGUCCUAAACAAGAAAGAAAAUAAAACAAAUAUAGAUUUAAAAAAAAGACGAGACUAAAGUGUGGGUGUAAAUAGCCCUCUCCCCCUUUAAAAUAUAAGGGGGUCAAAGGUAAUUUUUUGAAGCUGUGGGUAUAUAUAUAUCUUUUUUCUUCGUAAGACCUCAACUUUUAGUAAAUGCCUAUUCCAUAUUUUGUGUCCUUUUUGGCGUGUCUGUAAGUAUAGCAGUUUUUUUUCUGAGUGUGAAAGUACAACUUUUUUUUUUUCUUUUCUGUUCACUUUGUAAUGUAUGUAAGAAUGUCUGUUAGUUGCCCAGAGCAUUGGUCAUAAAAUUAAACCCAAGUCUAUUUAAAAUGCUCUGAAUAUGAAAGAAUUCUAAUGUUCAAAUGUGAUAUAUCAGUUAUUCACAGAUAUGCAAGGAUUUCAUUUUGUCGUUUUUUUGUAUUUUGUAUAUUCUAUAUGUGCAUCAUUUUUUUAUAAUCUUGUGAAUGUCUUGUCAAGGUUUACAAUAUCUACAUCAGUUUAGUGAUGAUUUUGAGUGUGUUAUUGACUUAUAUUCUUACAAGUAAAUAAUACCAUGUGUACAA